AUGAGGCGAACUUGGCUGUUCCAUGUUCUGAUCUCGUUAUGUCUCAUCGAGCACAUAACAGCAGUUUCAGUUGAUUCACAAAGUCUACUGGGCUGCGGGGUGAUUACUCGUCCAUCACGAAUUUAUCCGUAUAGUCCAGCGAACUAUGAUGGUACUUCCAAUACACCUAGUCAAUGUAUACAAUCAUGUUCAUCACUUAGUUAUAUAUAUGCCAGUGUAUCGGCAGGUCGACUGUGUUUUUGUGGUUCAAUAACAGCGAAUACGGCACUUUUAAAUUUGACAACUACAUCAUGUCAAAGCACAGUAUGUUCAGGCGAUUCAACUCUUUAUUGUGGUGAUAAUGAUCAUGAGCUUGUCUAUGCUUCAUUGGGUGUUAUUGAUUGGGCAAGUAUUGUUUUAAACGGCGGUGGAUCCUCGAUGGCUUUACAAGUCAAUCAAAAUUAUCAAUUUAAUCUUAAUUAUCACGGUGCAGUUGAGUAUAUUAAUUAUCUUAUUGAUUUUGGUGAUGGUACAACAACUGGAUGGUUUAGUGGGACGCUAAAUACGACAACAACGAUUAUGCAUACUUUUACAAAAACUGGGCAAUUUUCAAUGUCACUUGCUGCUCGAUCGCUAGUUGGAAUGAAGCCUUUACUGUCUGCAAUGACAGUUAAAGUUUCCGACCAAAUCUCAUCAUCGGAUAUUUCAAUGACAUGUCCCAAUGCAACAAAAACCAUGACGACUGUAUCAUGUACUUUUAUAUCAGUUCGCGGUACUGGUCUGACGGCUCAAGUUAAUUACAAUGGAUCAAUGCCACUGUAUUCAAUGGCUAAUGUUCCAAAUGCACAAUAUUAUACGUACGGUUCAUCAUCUGUUACAAGUUAUCCAACAAUAGAUUCAUCAGUAAAUCUACUAACUGUAAAUGAUAUUGUUAUUUUACCGCAAAGUACCAUUACGGUUGCUGGUCGAAUAGCAUCAAUACAAUUUUACAGUUCAGGAGCUGGCACAGUCAAUAUUUAUUUACUUCGUCUUGUGUGUACAUCACCAUCGAUUUAUUGUUAUGAUACAAAUACAUGUGGUAAUUGUCUAAGUCCAUAUUCAUUACAAUGUUCAUCAAAUAUAUAUUCAACAAUGACUCAAUCAUGUGCCAAUGCCACACUAACUCAACGUUAUCAACAGUCAAUUUAUUCCGGUGUAAAUUUUCAAAUUGUUGCUCAAUGGGCAGUGAAUACUGGUGGCGCCGGUUAUCAACAGAUAAUUGCGAAUUCAACAGUAAACAUGAUGAAUCGAACAGUACUUGUGGGCGAUGUUUUAGCAUUAAAAGGUCAAUUUAUUGGAAAAGAAAUUUCAACUGAUAAUACAACUGAUUAUCGAUGUAUAAAUCCAACGAUUGCCAGUAAUGCAUUUACAUGUUCAGUAGGAAGUUUAUCAUCAAAUAGUACUACAUAUCGAUAUUUAUUACAAACAACAAUUAUACAAGCAAUACAAAUAGCGCCCAUAACUAUGUAUAAUAGCGUUGGAUUUUUUGAUGUUCAAGGUAGAAUAACACAAAAUAAUGUAACAUCAUAUUCAGCUUCAGCUAUGUUACUUGUUGAGUGCAAUAUCGACUGGGUUGAAAUUAUCGGACCAUCAUUAGGAAAUAUUAAUGUGAUGAACUCAUUUAUAGCAAAUAUAUAUCCUCCUAAUGCAACAGUGACGAUAUAUAUGUGGUUUAUUAAUGGCAAUAAUACAUUCAAUUCAACAACAAAUAUGAUGACUAUAUCUUUUCCCCAGGUUGGUAUCUAUACAAUUGGUUGUCGCGCAGAAAAUCUUCUUUCCGCGAAAUAUAAUUCUACCAUGGUUAAUAUAGAAGAUAUUAUAUUAAAUUUAGCAUUACAUGCUGGUAAUAUAACAAAUGUUUCGACUUCUAUGCCAUUAGAAAUAGCAAGAUUUCAAUUAAACAUGGCUACGGGCAGUGAUUAUACAUGUCGAAUCAAUUAUGAUACGUCACAAUCAACAAGUAGGGUUUAUUUUUAUAUAUUUGGCUAUAUACCUGGAAGUUAUGUGACCAAUCAAUAUUUACAACCAGGAGAAUAUAAUGUCACGUGUACUUGUGAGAAUACUGUUAGUAAUGCAUCGUAUUCAUUUAUUCAUUAUGUACAAUAUCCGAUAGUCGGUCUUCAACUACAGGAACAGGGUAUAUCGAAAAACAGGAAUUUUCGUUUAAAUUUUACAAUAACACAAGGAACAGCACCGAAAUUUCGCAUUCUGGUAAAUGGUACACAAAUUAAUUACACAUACAAUGCACGAUAUAAUCUUGUUCAAACAGAUGAAUUGCCUGCUCAGUCGUUAUCGGUUAUUUUUAAGGUUGAAAUUUAUGCAUGGAAUUAUUUAUCAUCAAGUUAUGUAUCUGACGUAUUUUCUAUUGUUUCACCUAUAGUGAAUCCUCAGAUAAGAUCAUCGAUUGGGAAUACAUUAUUUCCUGGUCCUAUUCUAUUUGAAUACACAAUGUAUUCCGGUGAAAAUAUCAAUGUUGUAUUUUACUUUGGCGAUACAAUGUUUGAUGAUCCAAUUACAUGUCACUUUGCUGGUAAUUAUAUUGCUAAUGUGUGGAAUUCGUGUCCAGAUACAAAUCAUACAUUUGUAAUUCCUGGUACAUUAACAGUUAUUGUCGCGUUUACAAAUGAAAUAAAUACAAUUUACAGAUAUUUAACAGUAACACUAUCAACAUCCAUUACUCCAAUUGAACCUGUUACAAUUUUACAAAUACCAUCAAGUAAAUGUGUUGCUCCAUAUGUGGAAAAUCGUGCUAUUGCUUCAUUUAUGAUUCAAUCAUUAAGUUUAACAUUGAAACCAGCUUCAAAUGCACAAGUUACAAUUAUCCCUGAUUCAAUUAACCAACCAACAGUGACACAAGGACCCUUUCAAUUAACAAUGAAUUAUUUUGCUUCGCCAGCAGCUAGUUCAAAUGGUCUUAAUGUUGUCUAUAAAUUACCUGGAGCUUAUACAGCUAUUUUUAAAGUUAGUAAUAACAUUGACUCAGCGAAUAUUAGUUGUGUUGUACAAGUUAUACCAAUUCUUCAAAAUAUUUAUUAUUCAAUUAGUCCAUUAAAUUGGGCGUUGCAUUCUCUAACACCGCUUCAAGCGUCGAUUUAUGUUGCUGAUCCGAAUCCAGGCCCGGUUACGUUAACGUGGGAUUUUGGUGACGCUACUCAACAGCUUCAACCCGAUACAACAUCCCAUGCAUAUACAUCAAUCGGUACUUACACAUUGGCAAUAUCAGCUCAAGGUCCAUAUAAUACUGUAACGAAAAACUUCUCCAUCAUAGUUCAAUAUCCUGUUUCGACAUUUUUUGUCAACUUUACAAAUAUAAUCGGUUCUCCGAGUUUGAUCGUUUAUAGUGGAACUCCAACAACGAUAUCAUUAAAUGUAAACGAUCAAAGUUUGCCAUCAGCAUCAAAUCUUAGUCUAUUUGUUGAUUAUAAUGAUACAAAUCUAUUAGCAACAAAUAGUGUCAUUGAUGUUGGAUUGCCAUACAUCAAUUCUUAUAGAUUUCUCUCGUCCGGCAUUUAUCUUGUUAAUUUUACUGUUUAUAACUAUGUUUCGUCAGUCACUCAAAUAAUUAAAGUUGCCAUUAAUGCACCAUUUAAUAAUUAUGCAUUUACCGUUUGUUAUUUACUACCAACAUUAACAAGUUCGUUAAGUGACACAUGCAAUUUAACAUUAAAUACUGGAUUCUAUUAUAUACCUAAACAAAGUCAAUUAGUUGUUUAUGUAACAUGGACAAAUCCAAGUGGUGUUGCUGAAUCGUUUGAUGUUUUCUUUAAAAAUGCUUCGACUAUGGUAUUUAAUCAAACAUUAAUGCUGAGUCAAGUUGCAAAUUUAUCAGAAAUCUCUGGCGUUGCUUCUGGUACGCCAUUAUUUCGUUUAGUUAUCGAUCUGGAAAGUAAUAAUCUCUUAUUAGACGGUCUAUAUACUCUUCAAGUAAGAGCUAACAAUCCAUUAUUUACAGCUCAAUACUCGUUAAACAUAUAUAUUUUGUCAAUGGUCGCUGGUUUAUCAAUAGAUGAUAAUGAUAUUCUUGUUGCACCCAAUGUUCCUAAAUCAUUUCUAGCAGUAUAUCAAAAUUUUUCAUCAUUAUCUUGCUUAUAUAUUCAAUAUUCGGGUAAUAAGAGUGAAUGCUACGGAGAUUCAGUAUCAUGUUCAUCGUUGGCAUCAGAUUUGACACCCGUAUUACAAUCAUGUCCAUUGCCAAUACAAUCGUUUGUUUAUAAUAAUUCAUCAAUUUCAUUUACACAUACAUUUAGUACAUCAAAUGCAUGGGUGUAUGCUUACGCAUGGAACUAUGUCACAUAUACGAGUGCAAGAGCUUUUUUUCCGUUUCCAUUAUCAAAUUUUAGUUGUAGGCUACCAAAAGUACAAUUUGAUGUUUACAAUCCUGUAAUGCGUUGGGCACGUCGUGUUCAACGUAGUCACGCAUUUUCAGUUGUAACUCGAAUCAAUUUGUCUUGUUCAGGUUCAUUGAGCAAUAUCAAACAAUGGAAUAUAUUAAAAUGUAAUACUCAGACAGAGCAAUGCUAUCAAACACAAGCACUAAAUCAACUCGUAUCUCAAUUACCAACAGCACAAACAUCGGAAAUUUAUCUAACGGCACAAACAUUACCGAUAGGAACCUAUUUAUUUAAUUUUACCGUUUCAAUGAGUUCACGACCAAAUGUGUUAACAUCAGAUUAUACUUAUGUACAAGUUGUUUCAUCAGAUAUCAUAGUUAAUUUACUUAUGAAUGGAACAUCGAUGAUAACCAAUGGAGUAGCACAAAGUAUUCUAUUUCAACCAGGUGCUUAUUCAAUUGAUCCUGAUUCCAAUUAUUUUAAUGCUCAAAAUUGGACAUACGAAUAUUAUUGUCGCAUCUAUGGGCAAGCUUCUUAUCCGAUGUUCAACGGACAAGAAAUAUCAAUUGAUUCUACUCUUGUUGAUCCAGUCAAUCCAUCAUGUUUCGAUUCGCCAGGUAAUACUAGUCUUUUUAAAUAUGGACCAGAUACUAAUCAAUCAAUUCUUUAUAUUGCACCGUUUGCUUUACAAUCUGGUCUAUCGUAUGAAUUUAAAACUAUUAUAACAAAUAUUUAUGAUACUUCAAUUCAAUAUGCCGGAUAUGCUGUAGUACAAGUUCAAGAAGAUAAUUCUGUUGAGAUUUCUGUUGAAUGUGUUAUUAAUAUGUGUAUACCAGACGGUGAAUAUCAACUUAUCAAUCCAACUACACAGGCUCUUGUAACAUCAGCUUGUGUUUCCGGCUGUGAAAAUAUGACAAAUGCUGAUAUUCAAUGGAGUGUUUAUUAUGGCUUGCAAACAGGUUAUCCAAAUAAUGAUGUACAAUGGAUUUUAUUUACAAAUAUGAGUUCAUUUGAUAAUAUAUUUUUCUACGGUCGAACUAGAGUAAAUUUUACAGUAACAAAUGAAUUAUUUUUAAGUUAUCCAACAAUUAAGUAUUGGCAAUUUCAAUCAUUCUAUAUCGUAACAACAAAUAAUGGUGUUGCAACUGGUGCAGGCGCAAUAAGAUUUUCAAUUAAUUCACCACCAGAAAACGGUACAUGUACGGUCAGUUCUACAAAUGGAACUUCUAUGACAUCUUUUGAAUUUUCAUGUUUAAAUUGGUCGGAUCCCAAUGGUAUUGGUGGUUAUUCAUUUUAUGCAUAUACAUCAAUUGGCAGUGGUCGAAUUCUGAUCGCUUUUACAACAUUAUCAAUUGUCGAAUUAUAUCUACCAAUUGGUGAUCCAAAUAACAGUUAUGCACUUCAGGUAUUCGUUGAAAUUCAUGAUAUAUAUGACGUUAUUGCUACUUAUAAUUUGUCAACUAUUACUGUCAUUCCAGAUGACGCAGCAAUAAUGAGUUUUAUUGCGUUAUCACAAUCAUCGGCGACAUUAGGUACCACUAAUAAUUAUCUUGAACGAUUACUUUAUAGUGGAAAUCAAAAUAUGGCAAGUCAAUUAGUAUUAUCUUUAUCACAAGUGCUUAAUUUAAUGUAUUCAAGAGCGCUAGAUAAUGCUACAUCAGAAAAUAUACCUGCACAAAAUCUUUAUGUAUCCGGUUUACUUGCAUCGAAUUCGAAUUCUAUAACGACGAACACAUCGGCAAAUGCAAGUGAUGCAAUGAGGACAUUUGCAGCUGCUCUCAAUGUUGACGCUUAUGUACGGGAUUAUGCUGUGAAAUUCGUUACAACUUUACCAAUAACAACUGCUCAUAGUAUUAGCCUUCAAGCAUCAACAAUGAAUUAUUUAACUCAAGCAACGUCAGCAUUAACUCGAGAUGCCGUCGCUUCAGCUGCAUCGAAAUGUAGUGAUUUAGUUAAUGUACUAAGUGGAAUGGUUUACACAGUAUCCUACGAAGAUGUAAAACUGGCAGUUGAAGGUAUUACUCAAUUAGCAAGUAAUAUUCUAGUCGCUGUUAAUACACCAUUGAUGGGUCGUGGUAUUGCUUUAAAUUUGGAUUAUGAUAGUGCUAAUAGGUUACCAGCAGAUUAUGACACGGAUCUUGAGUCUCCUUGGUCGAAUCCAAAUCUAUUCGCUGAUAAAAAUGAUUUCUCAUUGGAAACAAUAUAUAAAAAUAGAAAUUUAUAUUAUCAACAACAGAGUGCAAAUGAAGCUAUGCAACAAGUAGAAAAUAUACUAACAGAAUCUGCUAAUACUCUUAGUGUACAUAUGAAUAUUGGGCAAACCAAUGUCAUAGUUACAGAUUCAAUAUUAAUGACAACGUCAAAAUUAACAAUCGAGAAUUUAGAUUCUCUAAAUAUUUCAAAAGUUGGAGGUUCUAUAAUUCGUCUACCAAACCUAUCCUAUUGUAGUUUGUUAUUGGACAAUGAUUUCUGCUCUAAUAAUACUGAAAUUACAACUAACUCAGUUGAUAUACCUUUAGCCGGAGCUGGUUAUAAUGGACGUGCAUACGCAAAUGUGAAUAUGUCUCGAAGCGUAUCACUGGAAUUAUUGGAUUCAACAGGCGCAGCUAUACCAGUUACAAAGCUUCCACAACCAAUUGAAAUAAUAAUUCCACGUGAUCCAAAUUUAGUUAUACCGCCCAUGACAUUAGAAAAUGCCACUGGAGAAACAAGAUCAACAGGAGCUAAUAAUAAUCGACUAUUCUCACUUUAUUAUGUUAAUGUAACAAGUUCAAUAGCAGGUUUAACGUUAUCAGCAACGUUUGAAUUACAACCAGAUAAUUUAUCGACGGGUUAUUUCGUUAUUUUAAGUUUUGAUGCCAUUCCAAUAUUGAACAGUACAUUGAAUACCAUAUAUGGAUAUAAACUUUUUUGUCCGAAAGAUCAAAUUUUGACCGAUAGCGAUGGUUAUCUUUAUUCAUAUUUUCUUGAUAAUAUUCAAACUUUGAAUCAUGAAUAUGCUAUGUUUGGCAUACGCGAAUUGAAUGCAUCCGAAUAUCAUAGUUAUUGCAUCAACUACGUAAAUAUGUCGAACUCAGCAAUACUAGUUAAGGAUGAAAUAGUUAAUUUUACUUCAAACUAUCGACUACGUUCAUAUACAUCAGCUUGUUAUUAUCUUGAUGCAAGUCUUUAUUGGGACACGCAAAAUAUGUUGGUUGGCCCACAAACUAGUCAUACUCAAACACAAUGUUUUACAAAUCAUUUAACAACAUUUGCAGGCGGAUGGAUCGUUUUACCGGCACCAAUCAAUUGGAAUUAUGUAUUUGCUAAUGCUGAUUUUUCGAAAAAUAUGACCAUUUAUUUAACACUGAUAAUACUGGCAAUAUUUUAUAUUAUAUUUAUGAUUUAUGCUCGAUAUAAAGAUAGAAAAGAUGUUGAAAAACUUGGUGUUACUCCAUUACCAGAUAAUAUUCGGAAUGAUAAAUAUUAUUAUCAAAUACUUGUAUUUACUGGUUUUAGAAAGGACUCGGGAACUAGUUCAAAGGUUCAUUUUGUUAUCUCUGGUGACGAUGAAGAAACAGGCGUACGUACUUUAGAAGAUCCGAAAAGAAAAGUUUUACAACGUGGUGGUAUUGAUUCAUUUAUUAUGGCUGUACCAAAAUCACUUGGUCGACUUAACUAUAUGCGUAUUUGGCACGACAAUUCAGGUAGAGGAAAUCAAGCAUCGUGGUUUCUCAAAUAUAUUAUUGUGCGAGAUUUACAAACAAUGGAAAAAAAUCAUUUCAUUUGUCAAGAAUGGUUUGCCGUAGAAAAAGAUGAUGGAGCUAUCGAUCGUUUGUUACCUGUAGCUGGUGACGCACAGAAAGCCGAUUUUACAUAUUUAUUAUCAAAGAAGACAUAUCAUUCACUGUCUGAUGGUCAUCUGUGGUUUUCAGUUUUUUCAAGACCACCAUCAACAAGAUUUACAUGUACACAACGUUGUACAUGCUGUUUUGUUUUACUCUUGAUGUCUAUGUUAAUGAACGUGAUGUAUUAUGAUUUGUCAGCACAAGCAAAAACUGUAACAGCUGGUGCAAUAUCAGCGGGGCCAUUUUUCAUCACACCGGAACAGAUUGGAAUUGGUGUUAUUGUUGAAUUAAUUUGUUUCUUGCCAAGUACAAUUUUAGUGGAACUGUUUCGCCGUUUACGUCUUCGUCGAACUCCAGUAUCACCUGUGCGUAAAGCUCUUGAACGAAUCCAAAAUGAACAUUACGAACAACAAAGACAAGCUGCACUCAGCAAUGUACACCCACAAUUAUCUAACUAUAUCAUUAAUUCCGAUCCGAUUUUAUCGAAGAAUGAACUUGAUAGAAUGCGAAAUACAUUAGCAUCACCUUUGCCUGAUCAAAAAAAUUCAAACACCAUUACUGAACAAAAGUCGAAACCAAAAAAUGGAAAACAGAAAAUAACUUUACCAUGGUGGUUCAUUUUCAUUGCAUAUGCUCUCUCAUUUUUUGUUGUUGUAACAUCGGGAUUUUUUAUUCUUGCACGUGGUAUUGAAUUGGGUGAUGACAAAACACGUAAAUGGCUUACAUCGUCUAUAACUGGAUUUUUCUCAUCAAUACUUUUAACACAACCAGUUAAAGUUCUGUUUAUGGCAAUAUUUUUUGCUUUAUUUAUUCGUCGUGAUGAAGAUAUUAUGAUCGAUGACGACGAAUAUGACUUAUUUCUUGAAGGUGAUGAACAAUAUUUACAUGUAUUUGAUGAUCAAUCUUUGUUAACGUUUCGAACGAAAUCUGGGCAUAUACCGUUAGGCACAGGCGAAUUAGCUGAAGCACGCAGUAAACGUUUAAAUGAAUUAAAAAUGUGGGAGAUUUUGCUUGAAUUAUUUGCAUAUAUAUCAUUUCUAUGGAUACUUUAUGUUGUUACCUAUUCAAACCGUGAUCCUAAUGCAUAUUUUCUUAAGAGACAUUUAUCCAGAGAUUUUCUCGAUUUAGGCAAUGCAACAAAUAAUUACAAACAGAUUUAUUCCAUCGAUCAAUAUUGGAACUGGUUGAGUACGGCAUUUGUAUCACAUAUUCGAGCUUCAAAUUGGUAUAAUGGUGAUUUACCAACGAAUCUAAGUGGUUAUAUUGAUGAUAAAACAAAUCGUAUCCUUGGUUGGGCAACAAUGCGUCAAUUACGUGUGAAACCUGAUUCAUGUAAAACUUUGUCAUCGUUUACCAGCAUUAUUAAAUCAUGCCAAGCAGCUUAUAGUUAUUUUACUGAAGAUAAACUUUCAUUUGAUCCUGGUUGGACAACAAUUUUCAAUGCCAGUAGUACCUAUAUGGGAUCAUAUCCAGCAUCAAUAAGAAAAGCAUUUAUGUAUAACAAAAGUGAAUCUCUUGAUACAUAUCCAUAUACUGGCGAACAAGGAGUAUAUGGUGGAGGCGGUUAUGUAUAUGAAUUUCGUGGAACAAUGAAUGAACUGUUAGGAAAUCUAUCAUUAUUAAGAGAAUUGUCAUGGAUUGAUAUGCGAACACGAGCUGUUAUUAUACAAAUAAGUUUAUAUAAUCCUAAUAUGAAUUUAUUUAUAUUUGUCACAAUUCUUGCUGAAUUCUCAGAGUUAGGUGGUGUUUAUCCGUCAGCACGUAUUGAACCAUUAUCAUUAUUGAAUUAUUUUGACGGUUUAGGUUUAUUUAAAUUUAUCUGCGCAGCUAUCUAUAUGGUGUUUAUCAUCUAUUAUAUGCAACGUGAGAUUCGUUCAAUCAUUAGUCGUCGAGCGCAUUAUUUUCAUGAUUUUUGGUCAUAUCCAGAAAUUGGUAUAAUUGCAUGUUCGUGGGCAGGCUUAGGUAUUUAUAUAUGGCGUACACGCGAAUGUGCGAGGAUUACUACAUUAUUCAAAGAAACAAAUGGUUAUGCUUAUGUCAACUUACAAUUAGCAUCCUAUGUUGAUGAUAUAUUAACAUUUUUAUUAGGCUUUUGUUGUUUUUUUGGCACAAUUAAAUUUCUUCGUUUAUUAAGAUUUAAUCAACGUAUGUCAAUGUUAUCAUCAACAUUAAUGUAUGCAGCCAAAGAUUUAUUAUCAUUUACCUGUAUGUUUUCCAUUAUUUACAUGGGCUAUCUAUCAUUAUUUUUUCUGCUAUUCUAUCCGAAAAUAUGGGCAUGCUCUGAUCUACUAAAAGCAGCUCAAAUGCUAUUUGAAAUGAUGUUAUUAAAAUUUAAUGUUUCGGAUUUAUAUGCAGCUGAUACAUUUCUUGGGCCAUUUUGUUUUACGUUAUUCAUAAUAUUUGUAGUUUUUAUUUGUAUGAAUAUGUUCAUUUCAAUUAUAGCGGAUGCAUUUCGAGUUGUGAGACAUAAUAUGUUAUUACAAACUAGUGAACAUGAAAUUGUUGAUUUUAUGACAAAUCAAUUUAAGAAAUGGACAGGUAUUGGUAAAACACGUGAAAUGAAUCGUCUUCAUUUAAAUCCACUUGAUGGUACUAAUGUUCAUUAUCAUGAUCCAAUAACAACAUUUCCCGAUAAAAUGGAUGAACUUAUCAUUGCAUUGAAUAAAAUUUAUAUGGAUACAAACCGUAAUGAUACAUUAACAUUUCGUCCUCUGGACAGUGAUAUGUCGGGAAUAGUCGAAGAAACAAAUGCAACAUCAAACAAAGCUAAUAAAUAUUCCGAAAACUGA